AUGACCUUCUCCACCACGAGGUGGCUUUGCGCCUUGCUCUGCACCACCUUGGUGAAUGCACAGAGCAGUAGUACGGACUACUUUGCACCCAACUCCACAGGAUUUCUGAUUCGGCAUGGAUUCGAAACGGUCCUGGUCCAGCCGUUUGGCUACGAUGGUUUCCGCGUGAGGGCAUGGCCCUUUAAUCCUCCCGAUGGCAAGGAGGUCAGCUUCCUGUACGAUCCUCCAUUGGAAGGUCCCGAAAAUGGAGUUUCUCUCGGCAUGAAGUACGACCAGAAGGUCAAUGGAACGGAAAUCGCCAUCAUCCGUAAUGGCAACACACUGGCAAAGACAUAUAGCCCCAAUCGGAACAACCACACGAGGACGAAGCUCGCGUUCUACAGAAUCGCAGACGAUGGCACGGAAACACUGUUGACGAAUGAAUUCUCGCCGCUCAAGUCACUCGCUUCGCGGUACUACGAAUGGAAUGGACCAGGCUCUGACUUCUCCGCUGCAUUCUCCUUCAGCACCACGCCAGAUGAGCAAAUCUUUGGUACUGGUACCCAGCAGGAUCAUUUGCUGAACAAGAAGGGCAAUGUCAUUGAUCUGAUCAACUUCAACACGCAUAUUCCGACUCCCGUCUUCAUGAGCAGCAAAGGUUAUGGUUUCAUCUGGAAUUCCGCUUCACAAGGCGAGAUGGAGUUUGGCCAGCUCCGCAAUCGAUUCACGUCCAAGUCGACGACGCUGGUCGACUAUGCCAUUGUCUCUGCACCCGUAGGCGACUAUGAUACCUUGCAGCGCCGACUCUCCGCUCUGACCGGGCGAGCGCCCACUCCCCCUGACUUCUCACUGGGCUAUUUACACAGCAAGCUUCGGUACGAGAAUCAAUCCGAAUUCAUACAGCUGGCGCAAAACUUCCACGACUACGAUAUUCCCGUGUCGAUGCUGGUGAUUGACUACCUCAGCUGGGCCUAUCAGGGCGACUUUUCCCUCCAACAGAACCUGUGGCCAAACAUUAGCUACAUGGCCGAGAAGGUCAAAGAGCUCACGGGAGCCGAGAUCAUGGCAUCGCUCUGGCCCAGUGUCGAAGAUGCCAGCGAAAACUACGAAACGAUGCAGGUCGAAGGCUUUCUCUCCGCGACCCGAUCCGGUCCUGGCAUCACCGACAGUUUCAACGGCUCCUACAUUCGCAACUACGACGCCACCAACCCCAAAGCGCGCGAAUACGUGUGGAGUCUGCUCAAGCGCAACUACUUUGACCAAGGCAUCAAAAACUUCUGGAUCGACCAAGCCGACGGAGGAAAUCUCGGAGAAGCUUACAACAACAACGGCCAGAGUGAAUUCGUCCAAGGUCUUCCCUAUCCCAUCUCCGACGUCCUCUAUUACGCCGGUACGCAAACUAGCGUCGGCAAACUCUAUCCCUGGGCACAUCAACAAGGCAUCGAAGAUGGCCUUCGCAACGUCACGGGAACGAGCGAGGGCGAUGCCUGCCCUUAUAUUUCUCUCAGUCGUUCCGGCUAUAUUGGCAGUCAGAGAUUCUGCAGCAUGAUUUGGUCCGGGGAUACGACUGCGGUGUGGGAGACUAUGGCUGCGCAAAUUUCUUCGGGCCUCUCUGCUGCUGCGACGGGUUGGUCGUGGUGGACGCUCGAUAUUGGGGGGUUUCAGGGUGAUCCGACGGUCAAAUGGAGUAAUAAUGUCGAUGAAGACGCUUAUCGAGAAUUAUAUGUUCGAUGGCUUCAAUGGGGAACUUUUCUCCCUUUUAUGCGAAAUCACGGAGCCCGCGCCUGCCACCACAAAACCGCCUACACCUGCAACAACGAACCCUGGGUCUACGGCAGCAGCAAUCUCCCCAUCAUAAAAUCCUACAUUUCCCUCCGCUACCAACUCUCCAACUACAUCCGCUCCCUCUUCCAGCAAUUCCACCUUUCAGGGCGCAUGAUCCUCCGACCCUUAUACAUGGAUUUCUCACUCACAGACACCUCCAUCGCGGGCCUCAUUCAAUCGAAUUCAAACGCCACAACGCAGCAGUAUAUGUUUGGUCCGAGAUUGUUGAUUAUACCGGUGACGACGCCGGGAGUGCAGGAGUGGGAGGUGUAUUUACCGAAGACUUCUGAGGGAGAGGGAGAGGGGGAGAAGGUUUGGACGUAUUGGUGGACGAAUGAGACGUUUGCGGGGGGGCAGAUGGUGGUUGUUCCGGCGCCGUUGGAGUGGAUUCCGGUGUUUUAUUUGGGUGAGAGAGAGGAGAUUUGGAGUGGGGAGGUGUUUUGA